ACCGCUCCCCAAAAGCGAUCUCCCCUUAUAUAAAACGCUCCUCCGCCCGUCCCAGCUGCAGACGCCCCCAUUUCCAGCUCCAGUUCGAACUCUCUCGACGCCUCGAGUCCAUCCUCGGCUCGUAGUCCAGAAGCGCGUCCCCUAUUUGCACCGCCGAAAUGGCGUUGCCGAACCAGCAGGUCGUGGAUUACCCCAGCUUCAAGCUCGUCAUCGUUGGCGACGGUGGAACUGGUAAAACCACGUUUGUGAAAAGGCAUCUUACGGGCGAGUUUGAAAAGAAAUAUGAACCCACCAUUGGUGUUGAAGUUCACCCGCUGGAUUUUAGCACUAACUGUGGCAAAAUCCGAUUCUAUUGCUGGGACACUGCUGGUCAAGAGAAAUUCGGUGGCCUCAGGGAUGGCUACUAUAUUCAUGGUCAGUGUGCCAUCAUUAUGUUUGAUGUAACAUCAAGGCUGACAUACAAGAAUGUACCAACAUGGCACAGGGACUUGUGCAGGGUGUGUGAGAACAUUCCCAUUGUCCUAUGUGGUAACAAGGUUGACGUGAAGAACAGGCAAGUUAAAGCCAAGCAAGUUACAUUCCACAGGAAGAAGAACUUGCAGUACUAUGAAAUUUCUGCCAAGAGCAAUUACAACUUUGAGAAGCCCUUCCUUUACCUUGCAAGGAAGCUGGCAGGGGAUCAAAACCUUCACUUUGUUGAGGCUGUUGCUCUGAAGCCACCGGAAGUGCAGAUUGAUAUGGCCAUGCAGCAACAGCAUGAAGCUGAGCUCACAGCUGCUGCGGCGCAACCCCUCCCGGAUGACGACGAUGACCUGAUCGAAUAGAGAUGAUCAUGGGCCCUUGUUGUGAUUUGAUGUGCGGAAGGGAAAUGCUUGUUUUAAGAAUCCGCAGGAACAUCUUUGUAUCCGACGAGUUGAAAAUGAGUUAUGACGUUUGUAUCCGAUUAUAGGCGGAGAGAAUGAGAGUCAAGGACGCGCUGGACCGUUGGAGAUAACCUUAACCCGCUCCUUUUGACUCAAAUACAGUGCUACUGAUGAUGUUUUAGCGCA